AUGCUACAUACUUACCUUACACUGUAGUCUCGCUCACGUUCGACGCCUUUUUCCUUCUCCAGCACCACCAUGGCACCCAGAAAGAACGCCAAAGGACUCUCACCAGCGCCUUCAACACCAGCGCGUCGUCUAAGCUCAGUUGCUUCCUCUCCAGAGAAACCACCAGGUCCAUUGAGCACCGCUGUCUCUCCAGAAGAGCGCGAGGUUAUCAAGGUCAACAACUACAGCGCAACUGAGCUCAAAAAUGCAUGUGAUGAUGCUCUCAAACGAUACUUAACGAGACCCGUGUUGUUCAAACAAAUACAUCUUCACACCGAUGUGCGACUGGCUUUGGGAUGGGCAGGCGUAUUCACAGCAGCAGCUACAGGACUUUAUGGGUGGAAAACUGACUUCGAAAAAUCGAAGCCAGGAGUUUGGGUUGGUUUCAUACUCUACCUGGUUCUCACCUCCCUUCAAACAUUAUACUCCUACUUUGUAGAGGGAGAUACCAUUUUCGUUGGCCGACGGAAAACCUUUUCAAAGAGAAUAAUAACAGAACGGAUUACGAUAUCCUCCCGCACACUCCCAGUGCCGUCCUCUAAAUUAUCUUUCAAGCCCAGCUCCACAAAUUCACCAUCAUAUUCACUUUCCAUCAAUUACGUGGAGUCUACAUCAGGGGGGAAAUCAUUGCUUGCAAAGGGCCGAACACACGAAGCCAAAGAGUACUCAGCCUUCUUCGACGAGAAGGGUGUGAUGGCACAGGAGGUGUUCGAGCAAUGGAUCGGGGAGCUGGUAGAGGCAGUGAUGGACGGGAAGGGGGCAUGAUUUGUAUGUCUACGACUCUACGUGACGUAGAGGUCUUUCAUUGAUAUGCUAGAAGGACGCGUUCUUGCGAUCCUUUCACCCAAACUUCUCUCUCUCUUGACUUAAGAGAUGGCUGAUAUUAUAUAUCAUCAUUGGAUGCGAUUCACCCACGCUAAACAUAUUGGACGGACAACAAACUAAAGGGUGGCUGUGCUCCUUUAAUUCUCGACCUGGUCCUGUCAAGGUCCUGUCAUAGUCGUUUGGAUCGACUUGUAUAGAAUUCAUCGGCUUUUCUGUCUGCGUCGUUUUCAGCGGUUUGUAUUGUUUCCACUAUGAUAUACACUGGAUUUUUCAUGUGUGCUAAAUGAGC